UGGCGUCUGAUAGAAUGGUGUGUUAGCAGAGUGUCUUUGUUGUGUUUUUUAAAGUGUGAACAUGUAUAAAGUCCAAAUGCUGAGAGCGUUGGUGAAGCAGCGACUAACUGCGGCUGCUGAAGAGAUAUUUGGGCUGGUUGAAAGAACGAUAGCAGAGUACGAGGAGGAACUUUGUCGAUCAAAAGAGGAGAACGAGCGACAACGGAAACUACUGGACGCUGUUUUAAACCCGCAGCUUCGGUUACACAGAGCAGACGCCCAGCAGCUGUUGGUGGUUAAAGAAGAGGUUCCCCCUGAGCAGCAGAAGUCGAGCUCCAGUGUGGACCAGGAGGACCCAGAGCCUCCACACAUUAAAGGGGAACAGGAGGAACUCUGGAUCAGUCAGGAGGGAGAGCAGCUUCAAGGGCUGGAGGAGAUUGAUAUCACCAAGUUUAUAUCCACUCCCGUCCCUGUGAAGAGUGACGAUGAUGAAGAGAAACCUCAGUCCUCACAGCUUCAUCAAAGACACACUGGACAGAUGGAAACAGAAGCAGAGGGAGAGGACUGUGGAGGAGCAGAACCAGCCAGGAACUCAGAUCCAGAUACACAUUUACAACCUGAGACUGAUGACGAGACUGGAGAGUCCUCUGAACCUGAGACUGAUGACAGUGAUGAUUGGACGGAGACCAGAGAACCUCAGUCAGGGCUGGGAGGGCGGCUACAAACGGAUCAGGGGAGCAGGCAGAUCACGGACAUUUACUCACGUGGUACACCGGAAGUAUCUCCCGCCACGAAGUCCAGGAAAAAAAAUCAGCCCGAACAGACGUGUUUGGACGGAUUUAGAGCGAAAAAGCAGUUUCUUCACUCGAAAACAAACAAGGUUAGAGCGAGAAAGACCACCAACGGCCUGUACAGCAGUCCCACAUUGUUUGCGCAGGCACAUCAGGCUGUGUGUAAGGGACGCACAGUCAGAGGUGCUGCAGCUCUGUUUGGAGUGCCGUACUCAACUCUGUAUCGGUACAUUAAAAUUAAAAGCGUGGACCCAACUGCACCAGAGCCAGGAUACAAACCUCAUAAUAAGGUGUUCUCAGCAGAGCAAGAGAGCAGCUUGAGGGAUUACCUUCUAAAGGCUGCAGAUAUUUAUUAUGGGCUCAGUUCUCGUGAGGUCCGCAGUCUUGCCUACCAGCUGGCCAAGAAGCAUGACUGUAGUUAUCCAAAGGCUUGGGAUGUGAACCAGUUAGCCGGGAGGGACUGGUCCGCCGCCUUCCUGCAUCGCAAUCCACAGCUGUUGGUCCGACGUCCUCAGGCCACCAGCCUUUCACGGGCCACAAGUUUCAAUCCUUCCAACGUUGGAAACUUCUUUUCCAAACUGUCCAAGGUCCUGGACAGGCACCACUUCCAAGCCAAGGAUGUGUGGAACGUUGAUGAUUCCAGCACGGUCAAUGUUCAAGUGCCUGAUAAAGUUCUCGCCAGCCGUGGCACAAAGCAGGUCGGAUCCACGACGUCUGCGGAGAGAGGGACAUUUGUCACAAUGGCAUUAGCUGUCAAUGCCAUGGGUAACUCCAUCCCACCCCACUUUGUGUUUCCCUGCAAAACUUAUCAUGACCACUUUGUCAGAGACGGGCCUACAGGCUGCACUGGCUCAUGCUCAGAGUCAGGUUGGAUGCAGGAGAGCGACUUCCUGAUCUUCCUCAAACACUUCAUCCAUCACACCAAAGCAUCCGCUGACUCCAAAGUGCUUCUGCUCCUAGAUAAUCAUACCUCUCACCUCUCGCUGGAAGGCAUAGAUUAUUGUCGAGCCAACGGUGUCGUGCUCCUCUCCUUUCCACCUCACUGCUCACACAAGCUCCAGCCCGUGGACCGCAGUGUGUACGAACCUCUGAAGAGGUGCAUCAACUCAGCCAUGGACCAAUGGAUGGUGGGAAAUCCUGGGAAAAAAAUGACAAUAUAUGAUUUGCCAGGUAUUGUGGCAACAGCGCUGCCAUCUGCUGUCACACCGUCCAAUAUAGUGGCUGGCUUCAGGUGUACAGGAAUCUGGCCGUUCAACCCCAGCAUCUUCACAGAGGAGGAUUUCUCACCGGCGUAUGUGACUGUGUGACAUCCGCCGGCCAGUGUGGAGACAACACCAGCUGUCCCGGAUCUGCCAGCACCGCUGUCCACCACUGUGCAGCAGUAGUAUGAGUCAUGGGGUGGAUAACUGAUCAAGAGCUCCAAUCAGAGCUGAUCUGAUGGAUGGAUGAGAGGAGCAGCUGCUGCAGAGGUGAGUGAAAGCAAUAAAGCAACUCAGGACAUAAAAUAAACACAGCAGACACGUCAGACAGGAUCAACCAUGGUGUUAAACUAUAUAUCUUUAAAUGUUUCAGUCACGGCUGAAAAUAACAACAAAAAUAAUCUCCCAAUGGUUGGAUCCACUAACACAGUACAUAACAAUGGAACAACAAUCGGCUCUGAAAAAAAAGUUAUACUGAUGGAUUAUGUGUUAAAGGUUUGAUUUUAUUUCCUGAAUGUUACACUUACGGACUAUCUGUGUAAACUGUCCAUCAAGAUGUUAAAGGCUGGAUGUAACUAUUCUGAUGUUACACUUAUGGAUUCUUAUGGAUUUAUGUGUAAACUGAUUGAUAUUUAGUGAUCUUAAUUUUGUGUACUUGUGUACAUGGUCUGUGUGGAUUUUAUAAUUGUCUUUCUUUAAUUCUAUCUUUGUAAUAUGUCACUGAGUUAACUAAUGGAGUAUGGUAUACAAUGGAAAGUGCCUUGAUUACCCCCCUAUGAGGUUUUUUUUUUUUGCAUCUCUCCAUCAUGUUUCUGUUGCUCAUGUACUACUUUUUUGCAUGUGAAAACAAAUGAACUAAACUUAAAAAAAAUGGAACAGUUCAAUAAAAGUCAUUCUUCCAAAAAGUGUAUUUUAAUCAUUUCUCCUCCUGCAUGUGUCUUUUUUGAGUAAGCCUGUAAUUCCAUUCGCACCUCUGGACUUUUAUUUUGAAACUCAUUAACUCAU